CUAGUCUCAUUCUCCAAAACCCUCCGCAACGCCCACGUCGUCCUACAAAACAACUACAUAUCCGUCCUGAUGUGGGACAAAGAACACCACCGCCUCGCGAUCCUCCACAGCCCCUCUCCAUCAAUCCCACUCUCCUCCUCAUCCUCAUCCUCUAUCCCUUCUACCUUUUCCAACAACACGCCACCACUCACAGGACUCGACCACAUCGUCCUGAAAUUUGCAUUCCUCGACGACCUCGCCCGCAUGUAUCACGCAGGCAAGACGGGUGGAAUUGAACCGCAUCUCUGUCUCGAUCACGGGGUGACGACAAGCAUGUACUGCAAGGAUCCAGAUGGAAACCAGAUUGAGACGAUAGUGAAGAACUAUAAAACCCCGGUGAUGUUUGAAAGCAUAUGA